AUGCGUUUCCUGUUUCUGGUCGGCAGUGUGGUGCUUGUAUCAGUUUGCUUGCAACACGAAACAUGUGCCACCGACGUUCACCAGAGCUUCAGGGACGCAGCAACUCCACCGCCAACCACCACGAUUGACGAAGUGCCGCAGUUUAACCGUACAGGCGUCGAACUGGAUGUGAAUGAGUAUGUAACUGCAGUUAUCUUCAACAUCAGCAAGGACGCUGUAAUGGUACUCAACAUCACCUUUCUCAACACAGCGGACCGUAUACAGCACCUGGUGGAGGCGGCGAAGCCGUUCAUCGCGGCGAAGCUGGGUCUGGACAUCAGCGCCUCCUCCUUCACCACCGAGCCCAUCGAGUCUCUGGUGCCGCGCCUGGGACCUCCGCUGGGCGGAGAUUCCGCAGGCACUUCUGCAACGUCGACACAAGACAGCUCUGUGAACAGGACAGAUCGCUCUGGGAAGCCGGCAGUUUAG